AGUUUCAACCGUCGGCCGUCACCAUGACGCCCGCCACCGCGCAGGCGCAGUAUCCCGGAUGUCGGGUCACGUGGACGGUUCUGCUCGGUUGCCAUUGGCUGCUUGUUAUAGUGACGCACUUCCAGGCGGUCCUGAGGAAGAUGGCGGAUGGCUGUGAGCGGUGGUGGGGGGAGUUACUCAAUCAUCCCCUGUUGGACCGGCUCAAAAGGAGUGAUAGGCGCUCGGAUGAUCCGGUUAAAAACCUCGUCUUCUGCGUCGAUAGUGAUCUUUUCUUCUGGGAUGUGAACGAAAGCGCGUUUUACACCACUAACCUUCGGAGCUUGAACGCCGACAUCGAAUCGUACCAGACCUUGCUAUGUAUAAAUCCACCGCUAUUUGAAGUGAAUGAAGUUCUGCUCAGUCCAACUCAGCAUCAUGUGCUACUCAUUGGAACUAAAGGCAUGAUGGUGUUGGAGCUACCCCAGCGGUGGGGAAAGAGGUCUGAAUUUGAAGGUGGAACAAACAGGGUUAAUUGUCGAACAAUUCCUAUAGCAGAAAGAUUCUUUACUAGUUCGACAUUACUGACAUUGAAGCAUGCUGCUUGGUACCCUAGUGAAACUGAGGAACCACAUGUUGUUAUGUUGACCUCUGAUAAUUCUAUAAGGUUAUAUGACUUAAAGCAACCACAGACUCCAGUGAACACAUUUAGCCUUACUCAGUGUGAAGAGGAAAAUAUUGUACCAACAUCAAGAUCAUAUACAGCAUCACUUGGGGAGACUGCAGUUGCUUUUGAUUUUGGUCCUUUGACUUCUGCCCCUGGGCGUCGUUCCAAAGAAGAGGUUCAGGUCUAUCCACUUUAUGUUCUGUAUGAAAAUGGCGAGACCUUCUUGAUCUAUUGCAACCUCACUCAUAACAACAGCACUGGUCUUAUUGGGAAGUUACUGGGUCCUCUACCAAUGCACCCAGCUGCUGAGGAUAAUUACGGCUAUGAUGCUUGUGCCAUACUGUGCCUUCCCUGUACCCCAAACAUUCUGGUUAUUGCUACACAAUCCGGCAUGUUAUACCACUGUGUGGUUCUUGAGGGGGAUGAAGAGGAAGAUCAGAUGGCCAAUGAAUCUUGGGACCUGAGAUGUGAGUCUCUUCCUUCGCUCUACGUGUUUGAAUGUGUGGAAUUGGAAUUGAGCUUGAAACUGGUGACUGGGGAUGACAUCGAGCAAUUGCAAUCUGAUUUCUCCUGCCCAAUCUCAUUGCAUAAAGAUCCAUUAUGUCCAACACGGUAUCAUUGCACACACCUAGCUGGUGUACACAGCGUCGGGCUGACAUGGGUCAAUGAACUGGAAAAUUUCUUCAGCUCAGAUGACGAAGAUAAAAGUGCGCUUCAGGAGUUGGCAUCAGAGCAGAAAUGCUUAGUAGAACAUGUCCUGUGCACCAAACCACUGCCAUGCAGUCCACCUGCACCAAUCAAAGGAUUCUGGAUCAUUUCAGAUCUGUCCCUCGGAGCUGCAAUGAUUUGUAUUACUGAUUCUUUUGAAUGUAUUAUAAGAGAAUUGCUGACCACGACAAGGCCAGUAUCGCCACCGUUAUUGUGUUCCAACCCAGACAGCAGCUGUGUGGCAUCUCCACUGCGAAACUUUGCAAGCGGUUCCUUUGAGCAACACAUUAGAAAUAUUCUGCGUCGUACUACAACCAAUCCAUUGCUACUGAGGGCAUCUGAUGCAGUAGGAGUACCUCCACCACAGGAAUGUCUGCAGCUCUUGAGUCGAGCCACCCAGGUCUUCAGAGAAGAGUACAUCCUUAAACAGGCUCUUGCACGCGAAGAGAUCACACGCAGGGUAAAGCUACUGGAAAGUCAAAAAAAGAAGCAAAUGCAGGAUAUUGUGCAGUGCAUUGGGGACAAGAAGGUGAUGCGGGAAAUGGCAGAGGUACUUGCUGACAAAUUUGAAGAUGCAAGAGACAGUCAAGAUGACAUCAUGAUUAGAGUGAAGAGAAUCUUGCACAGUUUGAAUUCAAAGCUUCCUGUGCUGUCGGACAGCGAGAAAGAUAUGAAAAAAGAACUUAAAUGUAUCAGUGAGCAACUUGAGGACCUGGGAAACAAUGUUAAACAGGUCCAAAUGAAGAGUGAAUACCAGCAGAGGGAAAUACAUGAGCAAGAGAGUCCACGAAAAAAGAGCAUCUCACUCAGUGCAUCCCAGAAGAAGUGUGUUCAAUCUGUUUUAAAGGAGCAGAGUGACCGUAUUACUGAAAUAGUGAGGAAAAUUAAUGACAUCAGAGUUCAUGUGAACUUUUAGUCCUGAGCUUGUUCUGCACGACGAUGGCAAGUUAUCUUUGAAGCAUGAAGUUUGAAAGUUCAAUGAAAGAUGUCUCCAAUUCCUCUGAGACUAAGUUGAGGAAAGCAAAAGUAACAACAUUUCGGCCAUUGCUGAUCUUACUCAAACUUUCAACACUCUUUCAUACAAGGCGCAAUGAAAUUCAUUCUGGGUGGAAUUUCAUUAGGUUUUAUUUUCAGUUGGCAUAAAGAUCCAAAUCGGUAACCUUGCAUCUCAGAUCCUCUUACAAUUUAUAUACAGUUCUCCAAUCAAAAGGAAUCAUUUGAUAGAGAGACUGGUGCUCCACCAAGGAUUAGUCGAAGAUCAUCCAUCGCUCUCCGAUCAUUAACCUGGUUCUUCUCUGAAUACUAUAUCUCAAACUCAAAAUUACUAUUACCAACCUCUUACUGGACUAAAUGCCGCCAGUGGAAGGGAUAUUUUGUUUUUCUGAUUUCUGGCUUGUGCCAUGUACGGUUUCACCUCAUGCCUAAAAUGCAGUUCUUUUUGUAUAAGUCUAGAAUUGUGCUCAAACACUUUUCUAAUGCCCCCAAAGCCUGAUUCUAGAAUUGUUUCAUUCAAAGCAGCAGAAUAUUUGCUUUAUCUGUUCAUUUUGGUAGUUGCUUAAAGCAGGGGGAAAAUACCCCCCUGUGUCUUGGGAUCCUGUACUCUACAUUAUGUCCACCCAUAGGGUGGAUGAAUCUUUCUCCCUCCAGCUGCCACUACUCAAAACCAUGCUUCUGGCAUUUCCUUUUGUUGCAGUUUAACAGCUUUAAUCUGGCUCACAACAUGGGUCUCACCACACUGUAGGCAUAUGUAUUUCAUGCUUGCUUGUGCAGCUGAUUUUCAGCUUUUAAAAUUGUUUCUGGAGAUGUAUUUUAAUGCAUAAAGGAAAUGUGCACACCCUUCAUCAGAUGUUUUGUCACAUUUUAUAUUGUUUUUGUUGGACCAGUUUGGAAGGCCCUUCUGAAAGUGGCCAUAUCUCUUGACAAUGCUUUGAGUUUCACUUUGCACACUUGUUGUUUUACUGGUUGGGAGAAGGUGUCUGAUUACAUCUCUCGAUCUCCACCACCUAGGUGGAUGUAACAACACUGCCCCUAGUUUUACUGCCUCACACUGACUCUGGCCUUAUGACCUGUUGCUCCCACUGAAAAGUGUGUGCAAGUCCAGUGACUUUAUGAUCAGAAUUUGCUCUGAUAUCCAUCAUCCCCCAUGAGAAGUCAUCACGCGGGUGAAAUGAUGGAAUGGGGAGGUGGAGAGAGAGAAAAAACCGUUCACGUACAAAACCUUACAUGGUAGGAGACAGUAAUUUAGAAAGGGAAGGGUGACAACUGAUCCAGGUUUGAUUCUAUAAUUAAUAAUCCAAACAUUACGAUAUUUGAAAUAAUAUUUUGGAAGUUCUUGUAAAUGAAUCUGACAGUUUUGUACUCAUAUCUAGUUUAUUUUUGCAACUCAGCUGUUGAUUUAUGAAAGGAGGUCCUCUGUUUGGAGAUGCGAUGGCUGCUGUAACUCUUUGUAAAUGCUAUGCAGGAGGAGAAGGAAGUAAGGUUAAUUUAAUGCGCCAAAUGGGAAUCAGGUUAAUUAGUGCCCAAUUUUACUCUCCACUGAAGUCCAUUUUCUAUUUGAUGGAUUAUAUUAAAAUUACCCUAAAUAUUUUUUGAUAAAGUAGUGUUUAAACAUGUUCAUCCAGAGCUUACAGCCAAUGUACAAGAUCUUUUUUAAAAUGUAUUACUUUGAAAUAUAAUUUUGUGUACUUUAUACAACUAUGUGAAUAAAAGCGUUUAUAUGGUC